AUGGACCGCCCCCGCGCCCCUCCCUCGCUGCAGGUUGUAGCGUCGAAAGCCUCCCGUACGGAACUCCUGGCGUGGCUGAACGAGUUGCUCCACAAAAAUGCCGUCGCCGGGGGCCAUCCGCCGCCCCAACUUCACAAAGUGGAGCAUUGCAGCAACGGUGUGCCAUAUGUGCUGCUGCUUCCCUUCCUGCUCCCAACAGCGUACCCGCCGCUCACAGCAAAGGCCAAGACAAAUGCCAAGCAUGAGUUUGAUGCUGUGGUUAAUCUUAAGCUUCUCGUGGACGCCUUGCAUAAGAACGGUAUCCCCCGCCCGGAUGUCCUGAACAAGGAAAUGGAUAAAGUUAUCAAGGGAGCUUACCAGGCGAACCUGCAGCUGCUGCAAUGGUUUCGCGGCCUGUACGACGCGCUUUCACCAAGUCAUGCUGAACAGACGCAAAAUACUCUACUGGGGGGACCGGCGGAGCUUGAAGCUGCUCCACCACCACCGCCUCCUGGUUGCGAAGGCUCGCAGGUCGAGCUUGAGACAACAAUGGGAUCGAUAACAGCGACAACGGCAACGGUGUCGGGGAGAGUUCGUUUGGGCCGUCUAGUGGAACCCGCCGCGUUCUAUUCUGCACAUAAAAAAGAGGCAGUGACCGAGUCAGCUCCUGCUACAUCAAAGGUGAAUUCUUCUUUUAAUGAGCCAGGAAAUGCUAUAGCUCCACGUCCCCUCACCGCAGAGGGGAGGCAGGCGGCGCUGAAGAGAUGUCAGGUCUCUCAGGGUCGCAGCUGCUCCAACGCACGGGGGGCAUUGGCGCGAGAGCGCCCUUCAAGCACCGUGCGCACUUCCUCACGCGGCGGCGGCGUUGGAGCACCUGUGGGACGGCUCUCGUCAUCAUUGAUGCGAAGUAGUAACACCACGAAGCGUACUGAGGGUGGAAGAGACCCGGAACUGGAGGCUAGCGACAAGGCAAGUUGCGCAGAGAGCGCCACUGCCCGCCCCAAUUCUGCAGGUUGCAUACGGCAGAUUGCAGCACCACUUACUGCCACCAGCUCUCACGCCGCCGCCGCCGCACGUGCGCCGCUUAGGAGAUCUGGCGUCUGUCUUGUUGUGGACUCUGGCAGCCCAGGCCUCAACGGAGUUUCCAGCAACCCAAUAAAGGUGCAAAAACGGGCUGCGAGCUCACGCAGUGGGGCUGACUCACCCACUACUAGUGCCUUGCAAAGUGGGCCCACUGGGUUGUUUCAAUCAUCUCAAUCAGGGACGCCACCACACUCUUUUCGCCGCCCGGGAUUGGUGAGUGAAGGGAGGUGCGACAACGGCUUCUCACUAUCAGCGGCGCUUACAGCAGUGAAGAACGAACGCCAGUUUUACUACGACAAGCUGCGUCAAAUUGAGAACCUCGUCGGGCCAUUGGUGGAGCAGAAUGAGGCCUUACCGGAGGCGAAGAAUUUGGCCCGAUCCGUCUUGGAGAUCUUGUACGCCGUGGCGUAA